CAACCAUUCAGACAGAUUUUUCAGAGGGGCUGAAAAGAGAAAAAAACAUUUUUCUAAAUUGGGAUGAUGUUUUAUCAUUUAUGUAUGAAUAUGGAGGAAGCACAUGGCGAUGAUGGCACCUCCCUUGACUAAAAAAUAGAAGUUGAAAACGAAUAGGCUAACGUGUCGACAAUUAUGAAUUCUUUAUCAUUUUGUAGUGAAGUUAUCGUUUGAGUGAGUGGGACACAUCGUUGGAUAGCUCACCGGUCAGUCGCUAUUCUCGGGAAAACAAGCAAGAAAAGGGAAGGGUGUCUGCUUGCCCAGAAGGAGAAGAAAUCAAGGGACAGGCCUGAGGAAGAUGGCAGCAACGUCAGCGCCGCUCUCCAAGCCCGGUAGCCAGGGAUCGUCGGAGAGAUACGGAUCGGAGAGCGGCGCGGAGGAGAAGGCCCAGCGUGCGACUUUCGAGUAUUUUGGAUGGGUUUAUCAUCUGGGGGUCAAUUCUAUUGGGCGUGAGUACUGCCAUCUUCGUUUCUUGUUUGUCAGGGGCAAGUAUAUGGAGAUGUACAAGCGCGAUCCCCACCAGUUUCCCGGCAUUAAACCGAUUAGGAGGGGUGUUGUAGGAUAUACACUCACAGUAGAGGAGCUUGGACGGCGGAAGCUCAACGGUGGGGAUAUUUAUGUUCUGCGCUUGUACAACCGGUUGGAUGAGACAAGAAAGGGUGAAAUUGCUUGUGCUUCAGCUGGAGAAGCUCGAAAAUGGAUGGAAGCAUUUGAUCAUGCCAAGCAACAGGCUGAAUACGAGCUGUCAAGAGGAAGUGGUGCCAGAAAUAAACUGAACAUGGAAACUGAGAUCAAUCUUGAAGGGCAUCGACAUUCUGUGCGGCGGUAUGCACAUGGUUUGAAAGAGCUUAUAAAAAUUGGACAAGGCCCUGAGUCACUUUUGCGACAAUCCUCAAACUUGGGUGUCAAAGUGAGGUCGGAUGGGUACAUUGAAGGGGAUGGGGGUGAUGCAAUUGAAGCACACGAAUGGAAAUGUGUCCGUACAAUUGAUGGUGUUAGGAUCUUUGAGGAUGUUGCUGCUUCUCAGAGUGGUAAAGGUGUCCUCACGAAAUCUGUUGGUGUUAUUGAUGCAAAUGCAGAUAUUGUUUUUGAAGUGCUCCUAAACCUUGAUCGGCAUCAAAGAUAUGAGUGGGACAUGUUGACAGUUGAUUUGGAGCUAGUAGAUUCUUUGGAUGGGCACUAUGAUAUUGUCUACGGAACAUAUGAUCCAAAAUAUUUUCCUGGUUGGUACUCAAAGAGGGACUUUGUCCUUGCAAGGCAAUGGUUUCGUGGACAAGAUGGAACCUAUACAAUCUUGCAAUUUCCUUCCACACAUAAGAAGCGACCUCCAAGAUCUGGAUAUCGACGAACAAAAAUUAAUCCUUCUACAUGGGAAAUCAGAAGGUUAAAUACCCCUAUGGCUUCAAACACUGCAAGAUGUCUUGUGACACACACAUUAGAGAUGCCUUCUACUAGCUGGUUUACAUGGAAGAAUAAUCACCAUUCGAAAUUUGAAAAUUCUGUUCCUUUUGUGUUACUAUGCCAAGUAGCAGGUCUGAAGGAAUAUAUUGGAGCCAAUCCUGCUCUAAAAUUUGAAGCUUCCACCACUGUUGUCCAUUCUACUAGCUCUGAAGUUUCUGUUUCCAAUACCGAAUAUGAGGAUACUGAAGUGCGGGAUGAGUUCUAUGAUGCAAUUGCUGGUGAUUCAUUAUCUGAAGAUGAAGAUAGUGACGAUGACAAUGAUGCAGAACUCGACAAUGAUGCAGAACUUGACAAGAAGGAUAAAAAAGUGAAGCUGAAGAAUGUUUCAUGGGCCAUCACAAGCUUAGCUUUGAAGAGAAUUUCAGCUCUAGAUGCAAAUAAGGAACUUGAUCCGAAUGCAUCUCCUGUCAAUGUCGAUCCAAGCCAAUUCCACUGUUCAAUGCACCAAGGGAAGGAUAAAAAGGACACAAAUUGCUGGACUACUCUGGAUGGUGCAGGAUUUAUGAUCAGAGGAAAGACUUACCUAGAAGAUAAUUAUAAGGUAAUGGGAGGAGAUCCCCUUCUCAAGCUCAUAGCAGUUGAUUGGUUUAAAGCUGAUAAUACAAUGAAUAAGAUUGCAUUGCAUCCCAAAUCUCUUGUUCAGUGCGAAGCUGGAAAAAAGCUCCCAUUUAUUCUCAUCAUUAAUCUUGAGAUUCCAGCAAAACCAAACUAUAGUCUGGUUCUCUACUAUGCUGCUGACAGGCCAGUGAAUAAAAAUUCCUUAUUGGGUAAAUUUGUGGAUGGAACUGACAUGUUUCGAGAUUCAAGGUUCAAACUCAUUCCAAGUAUCGUGGAGGGUUAUUGGAUGGUCAAGCGCGCUGUAGGCACAAAAGCUUGCCUCUUGGGGAAAGCAGUGACCUGCAAAUACCUCAGACAAGACAAUUUUCUGGAGAUUGAUGUAGAUAUUGGCUCAUCAUCAGUAGCAAGGAGUAUCAUUGGUCUUGUCCUGGGGUAUGUCACAAGCAUAGUGGUGGAUCUUGCAAUUUUAAUAGAGGUUUGUGCCUUCUUGCUUUCAGUACUUUGUGAAAGAAGCCCUGUUCUUCUGGUAUGGACCUGUGCUCUCUUGUAUGGACUUGAGAUUGUGGAUGGUUUUUGAGCUUUAUUUGAUCCUUCUAGUGGAGGUUUCUGCCUUUUGCUGUCAUUAUUUUGUGGAAGCACUAUUCUUCUGGUAUGAGCUUGUGUUCUUCUUGCAGUAUGUACUUGAGCUUUUGAUAGUUUAAAUAGGCAUUUUAACUGUGUCAGGGUGUUGCUUUUUGUUCAAGUACUACUGUCUCAUUUUGUUGCUUUUUCUUAUUCUUCAUUUUAGAGAUGAACAUUUUGAGAAAUUUUAGACCUUUUUUCUUAUAGGCAAAUAAAUGGAUGAGAUUAGUGCGUAGGUCUCAUAGCUUCUGAGAAUAUAUUAAAAUAGCCUAGCAGGAAGAAGGGAUGCAACUCGCAUGCACUAGAAGUAUGCAAGGCACCCAGAGGCCAAAAAGAAGAAAGAUAAUGGCAAAAUUCACAGAUGAACCACUUUUCUUAACCCAAACUAUCCACAAAAUCAAGGAAAGACUGGGAGACCCUAUGACCCUACUACAGUUCAUAAGUAACGUCUUCAAAGAAGAAUUUCAUUGCUAGAGGUGAGCAUUUAACAUGUUCCAAAGUUCUAUGUUGCUCCUUCCAUAUCAUCCAAAACAAACAUAAAGGAGUUAGUCUUGAAGCUUUGCAGACCUAGGAAGCAACCAGAACAUGUUGAAUAAAGAAAACACCAAGGAUCAAAGAUGAAGAGUCCAUUUGCAAUGGACAAGAAUAUCCUCAGCUGAUUUUAUGCCCUGUUUGCAGAAGCAACACCUAUUAGCCAAAGUCCAACUUCUUUUCAUAAGUUAAUCUAACAAGAAACCUCACCUUGGAGGGUUUCCUUGGUAUGCAAAUCUCUUUAUAUAUCUCACUUGACAACAAAGACUUGUAGCAUAUGAUUUUACUGGAAAUAUACCCUUCUCAGAAACAUUCCAAAUCAAUUUAUCCUCUAACCCACCUAUCACCUUGAAAGGAAUCAAUAAAUGCAAGGACUCCAUAACCUCCUCCUGAUUAGAGAAAUCUCUUCUGAAGCUGAGAUUCCAUCUUCCAUCCCAUAAUCCACCACUCAAGCACCUUUACGAACUCCUAAAUCAUACAAGAAUGGGCAUCUAUCUUUCAAAGGCCCUCCUCCCUACACCAACUUUUAGUUCAGAAUAUUGCAAUGCAAUUCCUCAAUGAGAAGUCAUCCACCCCCCAAUGCCCUGCACAUACUCAACCUGUAAGUUUCUUUGCCUGCACUAGAGCUUCAUCCUCCUACUCAAAUGAUUUAGACCCCACACUCCAAGAAAUUAUUUGGAGCUUUCUUCAUCAACAUUAACAAUGGACCAACCAUUAGCUUCAUCCUCAUUAGCCAGAACCAAAUCUCUACCACUAUCAUAAUUCACAAAACAAACCAGCUUCCAAACUCCGUCUCCUUUGUGAACUUGCUCUCUUUCUUUUCCUUUUCAUGGAAGGGGACAGAGCUUGCUGAACCCUUAUCUAUUAUCACUUUUAAGGCCAUAAUUUCCUUCUUGAAUUUUUUCAGUCAUCCCAAAGGAUUUUCUGAAGGUUUGAUAUUUGGAGUUUGCCUAGAUUGAGAUUUCUUGACUGUCUAUAGUUUCUAGUAAGGGUGUAAGUAAAACCGAAAAACUGAUCCAAACCAACUAAAACUGAUCGUAUCGAUUCAGUUUUCAAUAACCAUAAAGUACAGUUUGGUUUGAGAAUCUUGAAAACCAACUUUGUCAGUUUGGUUUUCAGUUACAUUAUCUUAAAACCAAUAAAAAUCAAACCAAACCGACAUUCUGAACUUUCUAUAUAAUUGUUCAAUAUUCUAUGACCUCUUUUACGUUAGACUCUAUGAAAAUAAUUCAUUGUUUUUGGACUAUGAUCAAAUUAAUUUUUAAAUGCAUUCAUUAUAUUUUGGGCUAAAAAAUUUAAAUGGUAUUUUGAAUUUCAUAUCCAAGUUGAUUUUUAUUAGUUUUAAAAACAAAUUAGACUUAAGGUCUAAAUUAACUUGUAUCCAACGGUUCAUCUAAACUAGACCAAACUGACCUUAAUCAAGUUUGGUUUGAUUUGAAUUUUCCAUCACUAAAAGGUCGGUUCAGUUUUGAUUCAAACAUAAAUUGAUGAUGUUGGUUUGACUAAUUUUUUUCUUCAAAAACAGACCCAACCACACCUGUUUACACCCCUAGUUUCUGGACCUGAACCCUUUUCUCUAAGGGCCAACUGGUGCAACACUAAAACAGGGACCACACUUUCUAGAGAUUCUUCAAGAUUAACAACAGAAUAAGAGCCCCCCUGUGUUCAUUAGGCAGGCGGGGAUUGUCCAACCUGUUUUGGACUGUAACAAACAUUAUAAUCUUCUCUUGGAUUGCCCAUACCAUGAUUGCUAACUUUUUUUAUGUUAACUCUAUUAUACCCUACCAAAAAUAAAUCUGUUUCAGUAGAAAAUAAAAGCAUCAUACUUAUGAUUUGUGGAUGUAGACACAAGAAUGACUUUAGAUGAGGAUACACAUUGUCUAACAUGGAAAAACCCAAAGGAAACAACUGGACAGAUACACAUGUGUAGACAUGUUUAUUUGUUAAUUUUCAAACAAUUUCUUUUAUUUUAAUUUUCAAAUAUUUGGUUGGGACAAAAUCUAGUAAAGUUCUAUUGUUUGACCAGGUAACUCAAAAGGCUUUUACUAAUGUGGGGUGAAACAUGGAAAAGUAGAAGAAAUUUGGGAUUAUUUAGAGGUAUAGCAUAAUAUUAUAGUAUUUAAAGAAUUCUAAGUCGGGAAUAUAAAAUAUAAGGGUUGGUUAAAAGUUUUACAAAUAAAAAGGGAGGGCCUUAGAACUUCAUGCUCUUUCAUUCUCCAUUUCAAUUGAUCUCUAGGUUGUUCUCCAUCAAUCUUCCUCCUAUUCUACUUCUUAAACACUUCCUCAACAAGGCAGUACUGCUAGUCUUUUUCUCUGCAAGUAUUACAAUUCUCAGAUUCAAAGGCCAAAAGUGCCUUAUAUAUUGAACAAUCCCAUCAAAUAUGGCAUGAUUGUGUGUAUGCUGCAUCUAUGAUACCUACUUGGUUAUUACAAUCAGGAUAUGCCUUUUAGGCUCUAGAAUUGAUGGAUUUGUAGAUAGUGUCAUUUUCGGUUUAUUAUAAUAUGGAUGCUUUUAGUAAUUGAUAUUUGGGGCAAUAGAAAGGCUUUUAGAAUGGAUAAGUGUGGAAGAAUGUAAUUAGGAAAGAUUAUAGUUGUAUAUUUUUGUAAUUAAGGAGAGGAUUAGGACAAUCCCAUAAUCAAGGGGAUUUGAUAGAAUUAGACUGGGAAAGUUCCUAUUUUUUUUGUGUUAGGAAUAUUUGUAUAAAUAUGUGGGUAUGUACAUAUUGAAAUCAAGGAAUAAAUUUAUUCUCUUACCUUUGAAUUCUUCUUUAAAUUCUACAUGGUAUCAUAGCCUUGGGCUCCUAAGUUUAGGAAGAGAAGAAAAAUUUUUUUUGGCCUUCAUUGCCAAGUUGAAGACCAGAAGAGUCAACUUUAAGGUUUCAUCUUGUCUGAGUCAAGCCAUCGCAACAAACCUAGAUCGCAAACGUCGUUGUCAUCACGCCAUCAUCAUCACUACUAUAAGACAUUUCUAUCUCUGCCUCACACCUUUGUCGCACCACGGAGAUCACGUCGCAACUCGUCUCAGCCUCGCCAUCACCCUUGGGCCUUCCUUCCAUCGGCCUUCUCUUUCCCUCAAACUUCCACCCUCACACCGUCACAAACUCAUCACAAAAAAAGGAAUUGUGCCAUCAUCGUUGCUAAAAAAGAAAAAACUCCUCCUACAGGCAUUCCUUACAUUGUAGAUAUCAUUGGAAAUCAAGAGUGUUGGACCUCCAAUGUACUUAAGAGUGCUGGACCUUUGAUGCCACUAUUGCGACCACCUAGCACCCAUAUCAAGCUCUAACACAAUUCCCUGAGCCUUAUGGGCAAGAGAGUUAUUUAACUAAGAGCUCUUGUAUAUUUUUCAAGAAAAAAUAAAAGAAAGGAAAAAUAAUUUUUGACUUGUAUUCCUUCCAUCACUCUUCUUCUACAUGGUAUCAAAGCCAUUUGCCCUACUUGCUAAGAUGAACACUAUCAGAAUUUUGUGUUAUUAUUGGCAGCAAAUUAUAACUGGGAUCUAUAACAGUUCAAUGUCAAAAAUGCAUUUCUUAACGGAAAUCUAGAAAAAAAGAUUUAUAUGGAAGUCCCUCCUAGAUUUGGAAAUUAUCUAGCUGCUAAAAAAGUGUGUAAACUGAAGAAAGCUCUAUACGGCCUAAAACGGUCUCCAAAGGCAUGGUUUGGAAGGUUUGUUAAAGUAAUGAAAAAUAUGGGAUACAGACAAAGUCAGGGAGAUCAUUCAUUGUUCAUCAAACAUUUAGAUUCAGGGAGAGUUACAACAUCAUUGUGACAGGAAAUAAUGAAAAGGAGAGAGAAACUUUGAGGCAAUGCUUGACCAAGGAGUUUGAGAUUGAAGAGUUAUUACUCAUCCUAAGUAGGGAAUUUUUAUUUCUCAGCAGAAAUAUAUAACGGACCUUCUCAAGAAAACAAGGAAGUUGGUGUGUAAACUAGUAAGCACACCUAUAUAUCCUAAUCAUAAGCUUGGAGAGGUUGAGGAAGAUGUUGUGGUAGAUAGAGAGAUGUAACAACGUCUAGUAGGAAGACUCAUUUAUCUCUCUCACACAAGACUAGAUAUAGCAUAUGUUGUGAGUGUGAUUAGUCAGUUCAUGCACAAUCCAAAAGAGGUUCAUCUACAAGCUACUAACCGAGUGCUAUAAUACCUUAAGGGGUCUCUAGGAAAGAGCAUUCCAUUUAAACGAAACUCGAGACUAGUAUUUGAAGUUUACAUAGAUGCAGAUUAUGUUGGAUUUGUGGUUGACAGAAGAUCAACUACUAGGUAUUUCAUUUUUCUUGGUGGGAUUUGGUAACUUGGAGAAGUAAGAAACAGAGUUUGGUGGCAACGUCCAGUGCAAAAGCAAAAUUUUGCGCAAUGGCCCAAAGAGUUUGUGAACUACUAUGUUUGAAGAUUAUUUUAGAAGAUUUGAAGAUUAAAUGGAAUGGCACAAUGAGACUUUACUACAAUAAUAAAUUUGUAAUCAGUAUUGCACAUAAUCCAAUGCGACAUGAUCGAAUGAAGCACAUAGAGAUAGACAGACAUUUUAUUAAGGAAAAACUAGAUAGUGAGUUGAUUUGUACUCCUUAUGUAUCUACUAACCAUCAAAUUGUAGAUAUACUCACCAAAGGUUUAAGCAAUAGAACAUUUCAAGCAAAUAUAUCCAAGUUGGGAAUGAAAAACAUCUGUUCACUAGCUUGAAGGGAAGUGUGGAAGAAUGUAAUAAGGAAAUAUUAUAAUUGUAUAUUUUUGUCAUUAAGGAGAGGAUUAGGACAAUCCCGUAACCAAGGGGAUUUGAUAGAAUUAGGUUGGGAAAGUUUAUAUUUUUUAGUGCUAAGAAUAUUUGUAUAAAUAUGUGGGUAUGUACAAACUGAAAUCAAGAAAUUUAUUCUCUUAGAGUUGGAAAUCUCCCUUGGUUGCAUAUUAGAACAUUUUGAGGCAACAUUGGGUUUGAAAGUGGACAUGUAGAAGAGUAAGCUAAUUCCUACGACUUGGGGUGGGACCAUGGAAAUGGAUGUCCAAGCUUUCACUUUAUGUUGUUUUUGGAUUUCUUUUCUUAGCUUUCCAUUGAGAUUAUCUUCCAUUGCAUGCACAAUGACUUAUUGUGUAGCAUUUUCAAUCUCUAAUCCAAUGGUAAGAGGGUUGGAAUGCUUCAAAGGAAUCUUUUAUGGGAUGGUUUAGAAUGAAAAGGAAAAUACCCGAUUGAGUGAAAUGAGUUGUGCCCUAUUGUGGAGAAAGUGAAGAUCGGAUAUAGUAGUUUGGCAUCUAUUAGUGAAACCUUUUAUGUUAAUGAGAGUUGUGAUUUUGGGGUGGAAAUUAGUAACUUGUGUAGGGAUAUGGUGGCAUGGAAUUAUGGGAGGAGAAGCAAAGUCGAUAUUCUAAUCAUGCUAGGAGGCUUUUCGAGGUAGAUGUCUUUUGAUGUUGAGAAUAGGCAGCAUACCCAUUUGGUAUCGUGUGUAGUUUGGAAAAAUGUGAAGUAUAAGUUUCCAAACUCAUUCCAGAUAGCAGCAACAAGGAGGCUAUGGUAGCAUAUUUUCAGGGAUAUUUUUAUGAUUACUCAUAAAUUCAAGGGUGUUUUAACAAUUACUCAUAAUUGUAGGGAUUUUUUGCAAUUGCUCAUGAUUCCAAGAGUUUUUCUAAUUACUUAUAUUUCUAGGGGGUUUUGUGCUGUUAUUCAGUAUUUGCGAGGAGGUUUGGGGUCCUAUAAUGUCUUAAAAAUUUACUUUCUACUCGGAAAACGAGUGAAGAGAGGAUUCUUUCAAUUUAUUCUCUCUCCUAGGAGAGGCACUGUCCCUCCCUAAUUGGUAAAAUCUAAAGAGAGUCGGUCAUCUUCAAUUGUGUUAUGACCUAGCUUGGGAGAUGUGAUUUUUAGAAUUUUCUGUCUUUGGGUUCAGCAGGUUAAAUCAAGGUCAGUUACUGUACAGUUUUAAUGGCAGCAUGGCUGCUUCGUGGGAAGGAGGCAACAUCCAGUUAGGAGAUCAGCCUCAAACAGUAUUAAAUUAGAACUUAUGGAAAGAACAACACAGGAUAAAGUUUGAGGGAUGAACUUCUGAUUCUGAGCUAAAAUUAUGUGCAUUGAACUCUUUGUAUGUAUCUGUUGGUCAAGACUGA